UUUGCUUUUCUGUCUUUCUCAGUUUUUCAUUCUGAAUUUGUGUGGCAAGAGAAGCAGAAGCACGAUGGAGUUACAAGCCUUGCCGGAAGGAUGCAUCGCUCACAUACUGUCAUACACCACUCCUGUGGAUGUAUGCAGUCUCUCCCUCAUUUCCAAGGCCUUUUGUUCCGCAGCUGAAUCCGAUGCUCUUUGGGAUCGUUUUCUUCCCUCCGAUUUGGUCUCUAUCAUUUCCGAAUCUUCAUCCUCUUUGCUCGCUAGCUCUUCCUCUUCCUCUAAGAAGGCUCUCUAUCUUGCUCUCUCCGAUCAUCCCAUCAUCAUCGACCAUGGUACAAAGAGCUUCCAAUUGGAGAGAAAAAGUGGGAAAAAGUGUUACAUGCUUUCCGCAAGAGACCUCUCCAUUACCUGGGGUGAUACUCCUGAGUAUUGGAACUGGAUAACCUUGCCGGGGUCCAGGUUCGAAGAAGUUGCUAAACUUGUUAAGGUAUCCUGGUUAGAAAUUCAUGGGAGGAUAAAUACCCUUGCUUUGUCGUCUGAUACUCAUUAUGCAGCUUUUCUUGUAUUCAAGAUGAUUGAUGCAUUUGGGUUUCAGCAUAAGCCUGUGGUGUGUUCGGUAGGUACAUUUGGAUUCCGUGGUUGUACCAAAAAAGUCUGUUUGGACCCAAACUUGGAAGAGACGCAACUUGAUGCUAGUUUCCAGGGAUUGCAACGUCCAAGUGUGAGAAGCGACGGUUGGUUGGAAAUAGAGAUGGGGGAGUUCUUGAUUUCAGGUGUAGAAGAUGAAGAAGUGGAGAUUCAGAUAAGUGCUUGGGAAAAAAAGAGUCAGUGGUGGAAGCAUGGUUUCUAUCUCCAAGGAAUAGAAAUUAGGCCUAAACAUUAACUCAAUGACCCAAUAAUAGGAGUUGGGCCAUCUAUUGGGCUUUAGGACCAGACCCUAGAGGCAAUCAAUGAAACCCAAGCAUCUAUUGGAUUAUGUCUCUCUCUAAUACUAAUAAUUUAGAAUAUUCCUUGUGUUUGUAAUUCUAGUCCAUCACUAGUAAAACUAUCCUUGUGUUUGUAAUUUAUAGUUUGUAACCACUGUGGCAGACUUAUAUAUUGCCAUCAGUUAAUGAAAUAAGAUAUGAACAGUUCAAU